GAGACCUUCCCUGUGCCCGCCCGUGACCACACAGCACUUCCUCCCGGCCGGAAAUCCCACAGACAGCUAGCAGCCUGGGCCCUCACCCCCACCAGCGCCUGACAGAACGGCAGACAGGAUGGCCUCCUCGGCUGCGGCCCACCCUGCAUCCCCCCCACAGGAGUCACUCCACACCAGCCUGGGCGCGUCAAUGUUGACAGCCCUCCUGGGAGACUCCCGUAUAUUCCAUCACCUCCCGCAGGCCAGGGCAGCUGGCUGGGGGAGGGGUGCUGGGCGUUGAACAGGCAGCCUUUGUCCGGGCUCUGCCAUCACCCAAGACAACUGAACCAGGGCGGCCUUGUCCAGGCUCUUCAGCCCGUGGGAGUGGGGCAAGGGCAGCAGGCUCCCAACCACCCCCUGAGUCCUGCAGGCUCUGCCCCAGCAAGACGGGGCCCAGCCCUCGGUCUGCCCUGUCCACCCCUCCUCGCUACCCUCACCCCCAGGGAACUCAGCACAGAGGAAAGCUGGCUCAGCUCAAGGGGCUUCCUCAGGCGAGGCCAGGGUGUCCAGACAGAGCAGGUCCCGCUAGGGCUGUACCCAGACAGUGCCCUCACUUAGGGGUGUCCAGUCUCUGAGCCCAGGCCGCACAGAGUCCAAGCCCCCUCCCCUUCUCUCUCACAGGAGCACAGGGUGGAGAAACCAGCAGAGAGAGGUCAGAGGUGGACUCUUAACUCCGCUUGAAAUGAGAUGCUGAGGCAGUGGUCGGUGCAGGCCUCAGGGGAGCCAGAACCUGAGCCGGCCGGCGAGGAGCUGUGGGAGCAGGAGAUGGAGCGGCUGUGCUCCUCCCAGGAACCUGUGCAGGUGCUGCCCUACGCCAUGGUGGACAAGCGCUUCAUCCGGCAGCUGCGGGAGCCCGAGGGGGUGAAGACCUCGUGCUGGCAGCAGUGGCGUCACAGGCAGCAGACUGCAGGACGGCGCCUGGGGGAGGCAGCACGGCGGCUGGCCCGGGGCUGUGGGCUCUGGGAGGGGGCUCUCUACGAGAUCGGGGGCCUCUUUGGCACCGGAAUCCAGUCCUACUUCACCUUUCUUCGCUUCCUGCUGCUGCUUAACCUGCUGACCCUACUUCUGACCACCAGCUUCGUCCUGCUGCCCCUGACCUGGCUCCGCCCCCCUGACAGAGGACCUGCUCUGAACUUCACCCUCCAGUGUCCUGGUGGCCACCAACCCCAGACUGGUGUUCCCAAGUUCAACAAUCUACUUUGGAAUGUUUUAACCGGCAGGGCCUUCAACAACACCUAUCUCUUUUACGGCGCGUACCGAGCGGGACCUGAGAGCAGCUCAAUAUACAGCAUCCGCCUGGCCUACUUACUGAGCCCACUGGCCUGCCUGCUCCUCUGCUUCUGUGGGAUUCUACAGCGGAUGGUGAAGGGGCUGCCACAGAAGAUGUUCCUGGGCCAGGACUACAGGUUACCUCUCAGCGCCAAGGUCUUCUCUUCCUGGGACUUCUGCAUCCAGGGGCAGGAGGCAGCUACCAUCAAGAAGCAUGAGAUCAGCAACGAGUUCAAGGUGGAGCUGGAGGAGGGGCGUCACUUGCUGAUGGUGCAGCAUCAGACCCGGGCUCAAAGGGCCUGCCACCUGCUCACCUACCUGCGGGUCAACAUCCUCAUCGGGCUCCUGGUGGUUGGGGCCAUCAGUGCAAUCUUCUGUGCCACCAAGUACUCGCAGGACAACAAGGAGGAGUCCCUGUUUCUGCUGCUCCAGUACCUGCCCCCUGGGGUCAUCGCCCUGGUCAACUUUCUGGGUCCCCUGCUGUUUGUUUUCCUGGUCCAGCUGGAAAACUACCCUCCCAACACUGAGGUCAACCUCACCCUUAUCUGGUGUGUGGUGCUGAAGCUGGCCAGCCUGGGAAUGUUCUCCUUCUCGCUGGGCCAGACUUUGCUGUGCUUUGGCAGAAACAAGACCAGCUGUGAGUCCUACGGCUACAACGCAUGUGACUACCAGUGCUGGGAGAACUCGGUGGGGGAGGAGCUGUACAAACUCAGCAUCUUCAACUUCCUCCUCACGGUGGCCUUCACCUUCCUUGUCAGCCUGCCUAGGAGGCUGCUGGUGGAGCGGUUCUCGGGCCGGUUCUGGGCCUGGCUGGACCGGGAGGAGUUCCUGCUGCCCAAGAACGUGCUGGACAUCGUGGAGGGCCAGACAGUCACCUGGAUGGGCCUCUUCUACUGCCCCCUGCUGCCCCUGCUUAACAGCAUCUUCGUCUUCCUCACCUUCUACAUCAAGAAGUACACCCUGCUGAGGAACUCCAGGGCGUCCCCUCGGCCAUUCCGCGCCUCCAGCUCCAUCUUCUUCUUCCAGCUGGUGCUCAUCCUGGGCCUGCUCCUGGCCGCUGUGCCCCUGGGCUAUGUGGUCAGCAGCAUCCGCUCCUCCUGGGACUGUGGCCUCUUCACCAACUACUCAGCCCCCUGGCAGGUGGUCCCAGAGCUGGUGGCCCUCCGGCUCCCACCCCCUAGCCAGCGCAUCCUCCACUACCUGGGCUCCCACGCCUUCAGCUUCCCCCUCCUCAUCCUGCUCAGCCUUGUCCUGACCGUGUGCGUCUCCCAGUCCCAGGCCAGCGCGAGGGCCAUCCGGGGGCUCCGGAAGCAACUGGUGUGGCAAGUGCAGGAGAAGUGGCACCUGGUGGAUGACCUGUCGCGGCUGAUGUCGGAGCCGGGCUCCGGCGACUCUCUGGGGCCUGAGUCCCCUCACUCCCGAGGUUCGCGCCCGAGAUCCUUCUGCCCCGGAUUCCCGUGCCCGGGCUCCCCGGGACCCAGGGCCUCCAGGCCGGAACCCUCCCUUGAGGAUCCUAACGGGUUGCGCGGUGUCCGGGUCCCCGCCCGUAGCUGCCGCUUCCCCAGCGGUUCGGAGCUGUAGCACCGACCCCCACCACCGCCCGGAGCUUCCCCAGGGCCCCGUGUGCAGCUCCCCACUUCCUGCUCCCUCGCCCCACGCUCGUGACCCCAGGUGACCACCGCCUCUCUCAGUGGGCCCUCCAGCAGGGUGCCCUAAGGUGGGGUGCAUAUACCUAGGGGCAUCAAGAAGAAAAUAUGGGAACUUGUAUUUAUAUUUUUAUCUCAAUCCUUAAAAGUUUCUAUUUUUGUGGAA